AUGGAUGUAUUGGAUACAAGCAGUCCCUUUUCAGUAGAAGGCGACAGCCUGACCCUGGACUCAGACCUGUAUGAAGCUGACAGCUAUGACAUCCCAGACCCUGGGCUGCUCAGAGAAAAUGGUGAGGUGUGCUUCCACCACUGGCCCACAGAGCCAUCAUCCUCAGAGCCGGACUCAAAGCUUUUUACCAGGAGCUCCCAGUGGCGCAAUAUGACCCCCAGCGCCCGUGCCCGCAAGCUGUGGCUGCUGCUGCGUACAAGCCUCCACAGCUUUGUGGAAAAGGAAAAGAGAUCCGAGUUGCGUGUGGCUUGCCUGACACACGGACUGGAGCCACUGCGCCGCCUGGAGGUGGCAGCAGGGCUAUGCUCCGUGGCACAGGACCCAGUGGGUAGACGUUUCGUGGUGCUGGACAGCGCAGGUUGCCUGCACCUGCACAGAAAGGACGGCUGGGCGCAGGAGAAGCUGCUGGCCCCCAUUGCCCUCAGGGGACUGGUGGCAGUGCCAGGCCCGCCAGACUCUGUGAGCCGCUUUGUGGGCUGGGGUCCCGCAGGGCUGGCCAUACUGAGGCCGGACCUCAGCCUGCUGUGGCUGAGUGAGCCAAGGGUGGGUCGGGCACCCCACCACGAGCCCAUCUGCUGCCUGCCGGUGCCUAACUUGGGGCUGCUGCUAGUAGCGGAAGCAAGCGGUGGCCUGGCACUCUGGAAGUUCCGUUUAGGGGGUCGCUGUCUGGUGCCUACUGGGUCACCUGUACAUCCUCCGCCAAGCUCCACCCAUGUGCUCGCUGGUCUGGCUCUGGGGCCCCCGCUUCCCCACCAGCCUCCACACUGCUUCGCAGCCUACGGCUCAGCCGUACUCACCUUUGACCUGCACACCUGGGCUGUCGUGGAUGUGCACCAGAAGCUGCACAAAACCACCAUCUCCGACCUGGCGUACUGUGAAGAGGUGGAGGUCAUGGUGACGGCUUCCCGAGACAGCACGGUGAAGGUGUGGGAGGCCGACUGGCAGAUCCGGAUGGUGUUUGUGGGCCACACAGGCCCCGUGACAGCUCUGGCCGUGCUCCCGAACACACCCCUGGUGCUGUCGGCCUCACAGGACGGGACGCUUCGCACAUGGGACCUGCAGGCGGUGGCACAGGUGGGCGAAGUGAUGCUCAACUACUGGGGCCAGGACAUGCGGUCAGGCGGCGUGAACCGCCUACUGGCACCCGCCAGCCCCGGCUGGCCGGUGCUCUCCUUGCGUGCAGGCAGCGUGGAGCUCUGGCGCCUGCGCGAGCUGUACUCGCCACUGGCCCAGCUGUCAGCACCAGUGCUCCACCUGCAGGUGGCGCCCGCGCUGCCCUUGCCCCUGUGCCCCGCUCUGCCUACACGCCUCGUGUGCGCAUGCGCAGAUGGCUCAGUCUACCUCGUGUCGGUGGCUACGGGGCUUACCGUGAGCGCACUGCUGCUCGAGCCCGAGGACUGCGCGGCCGCCGUGGCCUACUGCUUGCCGCGCGAAACACUGUGGCUGAUAACCCGCGCCGGACACCUCGUGUGUGCCAACGCGGCGUGCCACCCCAUGUGCGUGCUGUACCGUGAGUGCCCGCCACCGUCCCCAGCGCCCAGGCCCUGCUGCCUGCACCUCUACAGCCACCUCAUAGACCCCAGCAGUGCGUUUGCCAGCUGGAAGACCGUGUGCCGGCCCGGGGGCAAGCUGUGCCACAGCGACAUCCAGGCCAGGAAGGAUAAGAACCGGUACCUGCUGGUGCUGGGACACACGGACGGCACCCUGUCAGUGCCGGAGUGGCACACAUGGAAGACUGUCUUCCAUACACAGGCGCACAGCCCCGGCCCGGUCAUCGCCAUUUCGUCCACUUGGAACAUCAUGGUGUCCUCGGGCAGAGACCUGACCGUGAAGAUGUGGCGCGUCUUCCCUUACGCCGAGGAGAGCCUGAGCCUGCUGCGCACCUUCUCCUGCUGCCACCCCGCCCUGGUGCUCUCUGCGCUCGGGAAGCGCGUCACCGUGGGCUUUGAGGACUCGGACAGCGCCACCUACGGUCUGGUGCAGUUUGGCCUGAAAAACAGCCAGCGCUAUGAUCACCAGCCCCAGGACGACCCCAUGGACCACAUCACCGGCUUGUGCUGCUGUCCCACCCUCAAGCUGUACGCCUCCUCCAGCCUGGACUGCACCAUCCGGAUCUGGACCACAGACAACCAUCUGCUGCGGCUCCUGCAGCUGAACGGAGCCCCUCAGGCCCUGACCUUCUGCAACAACGGCGGGGACCUGGUGCUGGCUCUGGGCUCCCGCCUGUGCCUGGUAUCUCACAGGCUCUACCUGCCCACGUCCUACCUGGUUAAGAAGCUGUGCCAGGAGGUCCCGGACGUGGUGGAUGACCCUCCACUGCCACUGACCAGCCAGGAAUCGCUGACCUCAGCCCAACUGCAGAGGCUCGCCAACCUGCAUGGGAUUUUCAGUCUCAGCACGGCCUUGUCUUCCACCCAUCGCCAGAUGGCAGCACCUCAGCAGCCACUGUUGGAGGAGGACCUGGAAGCCUUAGUUGCCCGGGACCAUGACCUUCAGCGGCUGAGACUGGGGCAGGUGGUCCCAGCAGCGCGGCCCCCACCCUCCGGUCCGCAGCAGCAGGAGGCCUUCGACAACUACCUGCGUCUGAUCUACGGCCCGGCCCUGCUGGGCGUCUGUUCUGGAGCCGAGUCCCAGCAGUGGAACACCAUGACCCUUACAGCGGAGAAAGAAACCUGGGGUGUGUGCACCCUGCCCCCACCAGACUGGAGGGCACUCAGCCAGUGCUUCCCCCAGGUUGCCUUUCCCAUCCUGCCUCCCCUCUGGGGACCACACGGCAGAGAAUCCCAGAUGCUGGCCCAUUCCUCCCUGAGAUCCUCCCUGGGCCUCAGUGUGGACCUUCAGCUGCAGUUGAAGCAACUCCCCCAGGAGAGGCCCUCGGCCCCAGAUGCACUGUCUUCCCACCUGCAGCACAGGGUCCCCCUGCUGCUGGAAAGGCGGCCCAAGGAGCUUCCCUCUAACCUCAGGGGCUUCUUUCCUGCUGCCAUUGAGCCCUACAAGGACCUGCCGAGGCCCAUCCGCUUCCCGGGCUGUGUCCCCAACUCCAUGGUGCUGCAGCACAUGUGGCCGGCCAGGAGAGUCAGGGGCCCUGGAGCCCUGGCCCGGCUCGCCAGCCAGGGCUCACUCAAGUCGAGGGAGAGCCAGCAGGAUGACUGGUGGGCGUCAAAGAGUAGGCGGCGCCACACCAUGUGGCAGCAGAAGCUGAUCCAUUGGUCGGACGAGGAGGAGGAGCAGGAGGAGGAGGACGACGAGGUGUUGGAUCUGGACUGGGCCUCAGACUUCCUGAGCCCCCACCUGGGGCUCUCCCAGGAGCUGCUGGAGUUCGAGGAGCCAUGGGCCCAGAGCUUGGCGUCCUUGACUCAGAGAAGCUCCAGAGACGACUCCGGGACGGAGGACUACUCCCACCCCCGCUGGUACCACCACGAGCACUCGCUCCUGGAGGAGCGCUAUGGGCAUCUGCCCAGGUUCCUGCGUCUCUUCGCCAUCCAGAACUGGUUCAAGAAGCUGUUCCCCCUCUUCACCCUGGAGGCGUACCCCGAAGUGGGCACGGUGGACGGCUUGGCCUCUCUGCUGCUGGACCUGCUGAAGGAGGCCUCCUGGGAGGACCGCGUGCACAUCCUGCACGCCAUGCUGAGGCUGGUGCCCGACGUGAGCCAAGACGUCUGCAGCAGGUUGCACAACAUCCUCCUGGACCUGCUCAACCAGGACAAACCCCCCAGCCUCCAGGUCCGGACGCAGAAGCAGUUCGUGAUGCUGGCGCUGCAGCUGCUCCUGGCCUCCUCCCUGGAGGCCCGCGACGUGGUGCUGGAGCUCAUGUCCUACUUCCUCUACUCGCCCGCCUCCUGCCGGUCUGAGCUCAAGAAGCUGCUGAACGGACUAGGCCUUCAGGACCCAGAGGACCUCCUGUUCAAGGAGAUGAUGACCUGGGUCCGGGACCUGGACCUGGAGUCCAAGGCCGUGCUGCGCGGUUGCUGUAGCCAGAAGCUGGAGGAAAUGAUCCACCACCUGCAGGUCUGGCUGGGGAUGGGAGGGGCGGGCCACCUGCCAGUGGAGCCUCUGGCCUCCUCCUGGGAGAGCCCCCAAGUCCAGGGAGGAGAGCCAGGUGAGGCUGCCAGGUUCCUCGCCUCACUCUGACUCAGCGUCACCUGUCUCCCGGGUCCCCGGGGCUCUCGGGAUCUUCCUGCUCCUUCCUGGGAGGGAGUCUGCAUUGAGUCAGGCUGGGAUCCAGGAACAGCACCACUCCCUGGGCUCCGGGGUGUCCUCCACUGGCCGCCUCCCCCGCAGGCGGAAACCUGGCAUCCGUCAGUAGCCAAGUUGUCGGAGAUGCUGCCCAAGGUCUCGGAGACCUCAGUGCUUUCGCCCCGGUCCAAGGAGACCCUGUCACCGACUUCCACAGUCUCCGGGGUACCCAUCUACAUCUCCGUGACGUCCUCAUUCCACUCCAGGACGCCCUCCCUGGUGGCCUCGCCUGUGGAGCCGGGCUUGGCCUCCCAGGAGUCCCAGACCCAUGGGCUGCUCUCACCGGUGCACACCAGGCGCACCUGCCGCACGCUCUCCCAGACGCUGGUGCCCUUCUCCGCCCUGGCCGUGAUCGGGCUGCCCUCCUUGGACUCCGACGCGCGGCCCAGCCACCCGCUGUUCCUGGAGCAGACGGAGUGGUCACAGUCGAAGAUAAUGGACCUGGGGCCAAUCGACGCCCUCAACUACUUCUGCGAGCAGCAGCGGGUGCGGCGGCUGAGCUCCCUGCGCACCCAGGAGCCCCAGAGUGCACACCUACACCCCAGGACACGGGGCCCCAACGCCGUGGUGCCACAGCCCCGCCCCCACCUGUGUGGGGGUGGGGGGCGGGCACUGAGGGCCAAGGUCGCACAAACCUGCCUUUCUACCACUCCAGGCCCGACCCCAUUCUUCAGCUUCAGGAGACCAACAUCCGGAGGUCUCCACAGAGACAGAGGGGUGAGUGGGGGCAGGGGUAGAGAUUGGACUGUGAGCUUCACCCCCAUGCCUGCCACAGCCUGGGCCCCACAGGGCCCUGACUUCACCCGAGGCCUCACUGCCCCUCUAGCCUCAGGACAAAUGCUGUCCUGGCACCGGGAAGGCCUCACCCUCGAAGGCCCCAUCCGGACACUGAAGCUGCCGCUGCCUCGGGUGGAAGUGCGGCCUUUCCCCGCGGACUGGCCCCGGCCUGCCCGUCCACUGCCACCCCUGCUCCUGCAGCCUGCCCUGCAGCGCUACUUCCUGCCAGACCACGCCGACCCCCGCAACUACAGCUGACCUGCUGGCGGCCUAGGCCUGACCCCGCUCCCAGCCAGCCUCCCCUUCCCUCCAGCAGGGGCUCGGGACACAGCUCUUCACUGGGCCGUUUGCCCCUGGCCCAGGCGUGGGCUGCAAUA